AUGAAGUUCUUUGUAUACGUUGCUCUGCUGGCGGUGGUACCUGCUGUUUUUGGUGCAAGCUGGUCAUACCUUACCCAAGAUACCUGGCAUCUCAUACCGGGUAGCAACUGCAAUGGUAACUCCCAGUCGCCCAUCAAUAUCAUCCCCAGCAUCGCCACCACCACUGAUCUCAGUCCCUUCGUGCUCGAUGGCUAUACCGACGAAAACAGUAACAUGGAUUUGGUAAACAGCGGGCAUAAUGUACACGUCAAUCUUCAUGAUGAAGUGCAGGACUUGUACAAGCUCUCUGGGGGCGGUCUCCCUACUACCUACACAGCUGCUAAAAUCUUCUUCAAAUGGGGGUCUGUCAAUUCUCAAGGCUCAGAACACCAAUUUGAUGGCGCCACCUAUCCUGCUGAGUUGAACAUGGUUCACUACGACAAGUCUAAAUACGCCGAUCUCCCCGCAGCUUUGACCAGCCUGCAAUGGGAUGCAGUCGCCCAACUAAUUGUGAUGAUUGAGGUUGGCGAAUCUAACACUGCUUUUGAUUCCUUCCUGAGUUACAUCAGCCAGAUCGCUAAUUAUUCCUCGGGCACAACCUCCCUGGGCCAGGGCAACCUCCCAUCCUUCCCAAUCCGCAACUUCUUGCCAUCUGACCUGUCCAAGUUCUACCGUUACAAUGGUUCCACUCCGUCGCCCAACUGCUAUGAGACCGUCAUCUUGAACGUCUUUAAAGACCCAAUCUCUAUCUCCCAGGCUCAGCUUGACAUGCUCCGCACCGUGUACGGCGUCAAUCUGAACGCACAAGGCAAUUACAAAAUGGUCGACAACUACCGCCGCAUCCAACCUCUGAAUGGCCGCACAAUCUACUACAGCAGUGCAGUUACCAUCUCACCAAUGAGGGCACUGUUUAUCUUGGCACUUUCACUUAGUUUGUUGCUCGAUCGCUUUUAG